AUGUCGGCGUUCAAGAGAAAACGUGGAGGACAGGCUCCUGUUAAUAAAAAGGCAAAGAAAGGGAAAUUUGUAGUAGAUAAAGCUGAAGCACCGUUAGAAGCCGAACAGGAGAAGAAAAAUGAAGUCACGAUUCCACCACCGGUUUCGUUGGGUAAAUGGACCAACAAGGAAAGGGUUCUCAUUUUCUCCUCAAGAGGCAUUAACUUCAGAACGAGACACUUGAUGCAAGAUCUGAGGACCCUGAUGCCUCAUUCAAAAGCAGAUACAAAAAUGGACAGAAAGGACAAGCUGUUCAUUGUUAAUGAGGUGUGUGAGAUCAAAAACUGCAACAAAUGCCUCUUUUUUGAGGCCAAGAAGAAGCAGGACCUCUAUAUGUGGAUUUCAAACAGUCCUCAUGGACCUUCUGCAAAGUUUCUGGUUCAAAACAUUCACACACUGGCUGAACUCAAGAUGACAGGAAACUGCCUCAAAGGAUCCAGGCCGCUGCUUUCGUUCGAUCCCAAAUUUGACAAGGAGCCCCACUUUGCUUUACUGAAGGAGCUCUUCAUCCAGACUUUUUCCACGCCACGGUACCACCCUAAAAGUCAGCCUUUUGUGGACCACGUCUUCACAUUCACCAUUGCAGACAACCGGAUAUGGUUCAGAAACUACCAGAUCAUCGAGGAGGAUGCCUCUCUAGUGGAAAUUGGACCUCGCUUGGUUCUCAACCUCAUCAAGAUCUUUCAGGGGAGCUUUGGAGGGCCUACACUCUUUGAAAACCCAGAAUUCAAGUCUCCUAACAUGCACCGGCGAGAGAUCCGACUGGCAGCAGCAGCCAGAGUGCGUGAGAAGCAAAUGGUGAAGGAGAUGCAGAAAACAAAGAGGACUGAAGCGAAGCAGGAAGUGGCCAAAGACGUUACAGCCGACGUCUUCCUAACGCCAGCUGAGGAGAAGGCUGUUCACAUCCAAACAGAAGCACCUGCGCCUAAAGUGACGAAGAAGAAUAAACACAAAGCUUUCAAAAGACAAAGGAUGGCACGCAGGUAACGGGAGGGACGCGAUUCCGAGUGAGUGGCUUACUGCUGCCAUGAUUCACUAUUGUCUCAAGGAAAGGUGACAGUGCAGCAAGAGAAGACUUAAUGUGCAAAAUGUCAUUUAAUUAUCAGUUUUGACUAUAAAAUCUUAAAUAUUUACUUUGUGUAUAACAUUUGUUGCUGUAGUUGUGGAUUCACCCAAUGUAAGAUUGUGCAGAUUGUAGCUGGCCAUAAAAGUCUCAGCUUUAACAAUACAGCAAAAACAUUUGCCCAUUUGAUAAAAGUAAAUAUUCCAUCAGUGUAAAAAAACAUUGUUUAUUGAUUUUGAGUGACUGCAGUUUUCUAUGUCAUGGAAAUAAAACAAUUUAAACUUA